AUGAUUGAGCGAGUGAAGGCGCUUGAACAAGUGAAGACAGUUGCGCCGAUUUAUCAACUGGCGGCCAACGAAAACCCUGGAGCGAUCAUUGCUCAGAUACAGUUCAAUGGAGAUAACUUUGAUGAGUGGGCUCAAGCGUUGAAGUCAGCGCUGAAGGUCAAGAAGAAGUUCGGAUUCAUGGAUGGAUCUGUGGUGAAACCUGAAGAGAAUGCACCGGAGUAUGAAGAUUGGGUAUCUGCAAACUCCAUGGUGUCUCUAUGGAUCUUGAAUACGGUGGAACCUAAGAUCAGGAGAACCUUGGCAAACAAGGAGAACCCAAAGGAGCUUUGGACAGAGAUCAAGGAUAGAUUUUCGGAAGGGAAUGGUCCGAGAAUCCAAGAAAUCAAGGCAGAACUUGCUCGAUUAAGGCAAGGUAAUGACAGUGUGAUUGAUUACUUUGGAAAGCUGCAUAUGUUGUGGGAGGAUCUCUCAAACUACGAUCCUGCACCUGUGUGUCGCUGUGGAAAAUGCACUUGUAACCUAAGUGCAGAAUUUGAAAAGAAGAGAGAAGAUGAUCGCAUACAUCACUUCUUGUUGGGACUUGAUGACAAUGUUUAUGGAGCAGUGAGAGCCUCCAUAAUCAGCACUGAUCCGUUGCCCAACAUGAAUCAAGUUUAUGCAAAAGUAAAAUCUGUGGAGAGAAUCGACACAGUGACAAGAGGAAGAGAACACCAAGGCUCUCAAACCGCUUUUGUGGCUCUAACUAAGAACUUUGGUGCUGCUGUCAAAGACAAGAGCAAACUAAUUUGCAAAACUUGUAAGAAGAUUGGCCACACGGAGGAGACGUGUUUCCAAGUGAUAGGAUAUCCAUCUUGGUGGACUGAAAAACCACAACAAAAUGGACGAGGAGGAGGACGUUCAGGCCGUGGUGGGCGUGGUGGUCGUGGUGGAAUGAUACGAGCUAAUGCUGCAGUGGUCAGUGCCGUUGGAGAAACAAGCGCUGAGGCAGAGAAGCAUGGCUAUGCUGGGUUAAACAAUGAUCAGUGGACCACGCUAAUCAAAUUGCUUGACGAAAAUAAAAUCACAACUCCACGACUCAAUGGUAAGUCCUUUCUCUCUGAAUGGGUUUUGGAUACAGGGGCCUCUAAUCAUAUGACAGGAUACAUAGAGUUUCUGGUUGAUCAGAAAUAUGCUCUGCCGUGUUCUGUGGGACUACCGAAUGGGACACAAAGUGUGUGUCGGGAAAAGGGAACAGUUGUGUUUGAUGAAGAGUUUGAGCUGAGAAAUGUAUUGUUUGUGCCGGAUUUAAAGUGCAAUUUGAUUUCAGUGUCUCAACUUAUUGCGGAUUUGGAUAUUGUUCUACAAAUUGCUAACAAGGGCUGUGUACUACAGGACCGUACAACGAGGAACCUGAGUGGAGUGGGGGAGCUUAGAGAUGGGCUAUAUUUCUUUCGACGUUUGACGAGAGUUAAUGCUUUCCGUUUAAAUAAAGACGAGGCUGAGGAUGUGUGGCAUCAACGGCUAGGACAUCCGUCUAAUGGUGUUUUUGAUUUGCUUCCCGUUGUUAGCUCUAGAGUUAAAGAUUUUUCCAGUUGUAGUACUUGCUUGAAAGCAAAACAAUGUCGAGACAUGUUUCAUUCAAGUGAUAAUAAAAGUGAUGGUGUUUUUGAUAUGAUUCAUGUCGACUUGUGGGGACCUUAUCGGAUCGCAAGCUUGUGUAACUCAUACUACUUCCUCACGAUUGUUGAUGAUUUUUCGAGAGCCGUGUGGGUUUAUCUCUUGCAAAAUAAGACGCAAGUAGGGAAAACUCUGCGAGAAUUCAUGGCAAUGGUACAACGACAAUUUAACAAACAAAUAAAGGUGAUAAGAAGCGACAAUGGGACAGAAUUUACUUGUCUCAGCAGUGAGUUUUGUGGACUUGGAAUAGUUCAUCAAACAUCAUGUGUGGGCACGCCCCAGCAAAAUGGAAGAGUGGAGAGGAAGCACCGACACAUACUGAAUAUAGCUCGUGCAAUUCUAUUUCAGUCUUCACUUCCUACAAAGUUUUGGGGAGAGAGCAUCUUGACGGCGGCACACUUGAUCAAUCGCACACCAUCGAGUAUAUUGAAUGGAAAAACACCUUUCGAGCUUAUACACGGGACAACUUAA